CAAGAGAUGGGUUGGGAUAUUGUUCGCCAAGAAUCCAGAAAAGAGCCUGGCAACCGUAGCAGGUUGUGGGAUCCUCAGGAUAUAUUUAACUUAUUCAAGAAAAAUACAGGGACUCAAUCGGUUGAAGGCAUAUUCCUUGACUUGUCAAAAGUAAGUGAGCUACACUUAAGUUCAGAUGCCUUCACGAGGAUGCAUAAACUUAGGCUUCUUAAAUUAUAUAGCUCCCACUAUGGCAAAGGCGAAAUAGAAGAUGAUAAGGUGCACCUUUGUCAAGGCCUUGAAUUUCUUUCUGAUGAGCUGAGAUAUCUCCAUUGGCAUAGAUACCCUUUAAGAUCCUUGCCAUGUAAGUUUAACCCGGAGAACCUUGUUGAGCUUGACAUGCAUCACAGCAAUGUUGAAUAUCUUUGGAAGGAAAAACAGCAUCUUGUAAAUUUAAGACGGAUUGAUCUGAGUUACUCUCAGCACUUAACGGAGAUCCCUGACCUCACAUUGGCUCCGAACCUUGAGGUUAUUACUCUAGAUGGUUGUUCCCAUCUCACCAAGUUUCCUGGGAUUUCGUGGAACAUAAAAAAGCUGCAUUUAGGCCAUACUGCAAUUGAAGAGGUUCCCUCAGCCAUCGAGUGUCUUAAUAACCUUGACUCCCUAUUGCUAAUCAACUGCACCAGGCUAAAGAAUCUUCCAAGGAGUAUUCAGAAUUUGACGACUCUUAUGCACCUUGAUCUCCGUGGUUGUUCAAACAUCACGGAGUUCCCAGAGGUUUCAGGAGAUAUAAAGUAUUUAUAUUUGAAUGAGACUGCAAUUCAAGAAUUACCAUCUUCAGUUGAGUAUCUUACUAAACUAAAUACAUUGAGUCUUGGAAAUUGCACAAACCUAGAAAGUGUUCCAAGCGGCCUUUUUAAGCUGAAAUGUCUUGAAGUUCUUUAUCUCUUUGGCUGUUCAAAAUUGGGGAAUUUACCUGAAAUCUCAGAGUCUAUGGAAAAGUUAGAGUUACAAGGAACCGCCAUAAAAGAGUUACCUUACUCAAUUGAACGUCUUACUCAACUUUCUUUGUUGCACUUGGGGGACUGCAAAAACCUUACAAGUUUGCCAAAUAACUUCUUUCAGUUGACAUCACUUUCAUCUCUUCGUCUUUCUGGUUUGUCUGGUAUUGAUAAAUUGCUGGACAACUUGCCAUUAUCUCUAUUUUCAGGUUUGUGCUCUUUAGUUGAAUUAAAUCUCAAUGACUGCAACCUGGUAGAAUUGCCAAGUGCUCUGAGUUGCUUAUCCUCCUCAGAGUAUUUAGAUCUAACUGGAAAUAAUUUUGAGAGCCUGAGCCUCAAACCAUUUUCUUGUCUUAAAAGCCUUGACGUUAGCUAUUGCAAGCGACUUCAAUCUAUACUAGAGUUUCCAUCUCCGUUGCAUCUGACAGAUUUCCAGGCACAUGACUGUUUAUCACUCAAAACUAUGCCAAAUUCAAUGAAUUUAGCCUUUACAGCAGACUGGAAUUCCCAGCAGAGUUUCACAUUUUCCAAUUGCUUCAAUCUGACUGAAGAUGCACAAAGAAAUAUUCUUGCUGAUGCAGAACUUCGAAUACAGGUUAUGGCAACUAAUGCACAGGAGACUGCAUCAAUGGAAGAUUAUUUGGAGUGGUAUUGGCCAGGAGCUUCCGUCAGUAUUUGUUUCCCUGGAAAUGAAAUUCCAGGGUGGUUCAGCCAUCAAAAUGUGGGAUCUUCAGUAACAAUGGAACUCCCUCAACAUUGGUCUAGCAGUAAGUUCUUAGGCUUCGCUCUGUGUGUUGUAGUUACAUUCGACGACUACCAUGAUUACAUGAAUUUCAAUGUCGAAUGCAAAUGCGAAUUUGAAACCAAUGAUGGUGACAAGCAUAACAUUGAUUGUGGUCUGAAUGGCUUAAAAGCUCAAUACAAAUCCAGAUCUCUUUCGUCUGAUCAUGUAUUCCUGUUUUUCCAUGAGCGAUUGUAUGCUAUCCUAGUUCAAAGAGAUGAUCAGGACCAUUUCUUCAGUGUGUACCAGUCCUGCCAUAAGGUUUUGUUUGAAUUCUUACCAGUAGAUGACAACCGGUUGCCCCUACUGAAUUGCAAGGUGAAGAAGUGUGGGGUCUGUAUACUGAACGUGAAAGAGGAGGAUGCAGAAAUUUUUGACGGCUCCAACGUAGAUGAUCAUGUUGAAAGUGAAAGUGAUAGUAACUCCAAUCAUGAGGUACAAGAGGAUCCAAACUCCCAAACAUUGAAAGAAAAGGAAACCAAUUUAGAGGCUAAUGCCUUCUGGUCGGCUCAAGGCAGAGCCAAUCUAUUAUGUAUGAACUUCUUGGUUGGAGUGGCUGUGGUUUUAUUUCUGCGGUAUUUCCUGGGCGUUGUAAGUGUUAAUGGUUUCAAAAAGCUCUUGGUCUCUUUGCUGCAAUAAGCCCUGCAGAUGUUGGGGCUAAUUAACUUGGGAGAAACAUGUAUCUAUAAUUUAUUAAAUUCUUCAGUAUCUGAUAAA